AUGGUUGCCAAGAAGCCAGUAUCCAAGAAGCCAGUGGCCAAGAAGCCCAUUGCCAACAAGAAGAGUGCUGGAAAAUUCACCAAGAAAUCUCAACCAAAAGAGGAAGAUGCACCCGAGAAAGAGCUUUCAAAGUCUAAAUUGAAGAAGCAAGAGUUCCAGCGAAAGAAAUACAACAAGGACAAGAAGAAGAAGAAGAGCGAGGCAGAAGACGAUGAUUCAGAUUUCGAGAUUGUACCUACUACCAGCACCAAGAGUAUCAUGGAUAGCGAUAGCGAUGACAACAACAUGAACGACGACGAUGACGAUGAGGGCGAUUCUGAUCUCGAGUUGGACAUGUUUGGCAAGUUCAAGGCCAAGAAGCCUGCUACUGUAGCCGUUGCAGCACCUGCUGCUUCCGUCAAGAAGCAAAAGCCAAUUACCAUGAACGACAGCGAUGAUGAGGGACAAGACGAAAAGUUCAUUGCUUCAGAGACAUUGGCAGCAAACCGCAAAAACAAGAAAUCAGGUGGUUUCCAGUCAAUGGGUUUGAGCAAUCCCGUUUUCAAGGCCAUUAUUCACAAAGGCUUCAAGGUACCAACACCCGUUCAACGUAAAUGUAUCCCACUUAUUCUGCAAGGAGACGAUGUAGUUGGUAUGGCCCGUACUGGUUCCGGUAAAACCGCUGCCUUCUUGAUCCCCAUGUUGGAAAGACUCAAGGCUCACUCUGCCAAGACGGGUGCUCGUGGUUUGGUUUUGUCUCCUUCCCGUGAAUUGGCAUUGCAAACACAAAAAGUGUGCAAGGAAUUGAUGAAGUACACUGAUCUUCGUAGUGGAUGCAUUGUCGGUGGUGACAGUUUGGAUGAACAGUUUGAAAUGAUCGCCUCGAAUCCCGAUAUCUUGAUCGCUACACCUGGUCGUCUUUUGCAUUUAGCUGUCGAAAUGAACCUGGACCUGCGCACUAUUGAAUACGUCGUUUUUGAUGAAGCCGAUCGUCUGUUCGAAAUGGGUUUUGCUGUCCAAUUGCAUGAAAUCCUGUCUCGUUUACCUCCCAGCCGUCAAACUUUGCUGUUCUCUGCUACUCUGCCCAAGAUGCUUGUUGAUUUUGCAAAGGCUGGUCUGCAAGAACCUACCUUGAUCCGUUUGGAUGUAGACACCAAGAUUUCUCGGGACCUCGAAAUGGCCUUCUUUUCUGUCAAGGACAACGAAAAGGAAGGUGCCUUAUUGUAUUUGCUCAAGAAUGUCAUCAAAUUACCCAAACACACACAAAAUGAGGAUCAAACAGAUAUCAAAAAGUACAAGAAGAAGAAGGCCGACAAAAAGGAGAAAUCUGGUACCGAGGCAGAUCACCAAACUAUCUUGUUUGCAGCCACCAAACACCAUGUCGAGUAUUUAGCAACAUUAUUAGAAACUGCUGGAUACCAAGUGUCAUAUGUGUAUGGUUCUCUCGAUCAAACAGCUCGUAAUAUUCAAAUCAACCGAUUCAGAAACGGCGUUACCAACAUCAUGGUCGUUACUGAUGUGGCUGCUCGUGGUAUUGAUAUUCCCAUCUUGGAGAACGUCAUCAACUAUGAUUUCUCGGGCUCAUCCAAGGUCUUUGUGCAUCGUGUGGGUCGUGCUGCUCGUGCUGGUCGUCGUGGUUGGGCAUACUCUCUUGUGUCUUCGGACGAACUCCCCUAUUUGAUUGAUCUCCAACUCUUUUUGACUCGUCCUCUUGUGCUUGGUGGUGAAAAGGAAGAGUACGAUUACACAUCCGAGUUGGUAUUGGGUGCCAUGCCAAAGGACUCGCUGAUUGAUGAUAAGGCUUGGGCCGACGACAAGAUUUCAAAGGAUGCUGCAUUGGAAGGUAUCUACAGAACCGCCAUGAAUGCUUACAAACUAUACAACCGUACAAAGCCUCGUGCUGCUGCAGAGAGUUAUGGUCGUGCUAAGGAAGUCAUCAAGAAAAAAGCAUUCAUCAACUUGCAUCCUCUGCUACUCAAUGAAGAAAAUCAAAGCGCUGCAGAGAUUGAGCGUGCCAACAUGAUCAAUGCUAUUAGCGGAUUCAGACCUGCGGAGACCAUCUUUGAAUUUGGUGUACGUGGUACUAGAAAAUUGACACCUGCCACUAUGAUGAUGCGUGGCCGUCGUCAAGUGGUUGAUAAAAUCAUCACAAACCACAAAGCCAAGAAGGAAGCCGAGUCUGCUGUUUUGGAUAAACCAUUGGAUAUUCGUGACGAAAAGAAGGUCGUUGAAAAAUUGGGUGGUGAUGUUGAAGAGGAGGAAUUAGCACAAGCAUUUAAUAUACCAGAAUCUAAAGAAGAUAAAAAGAAAAAGACUAGUUUCCGUGAUGAAGAGUUCUACAUUUCUUACACUCAAAAGGACGCCAACACAGAACGUGGUUACUCAAUGAACAAUGAAGGCAGUUUCAUGGAACAAGCCAGUAAAGCACAACUCGAUCUGACAGGUGAUGACAAUGAUGCUAUCAAAAAGAGUCAAAAUAUGCUUCGUUGGGAUUCCAAGAAGAGAAAGUUCAUCAAGGGUACGGGUAUUGGUUCCGACAACAAAAAGCUGAUUCGUACAGAAAGUGGUGCAUUGAUUUCUGCCUCCUACAAGAGUGGACGAUUUGAUGAAUGGGCCAAGAAGAAGCAUAUCACAUUGCCUCGUGCUGGUGAACGUGAGUUGGUCGGUGCAGGUAACAUGGGUCAAAAGCGUUUCCGUCACAACAAAUCCGAAGAAGCCAAACGUGUUGAUCCUCUUGCCUUUGAUUACGAAAAGAAGAUGAAGAAGAGAAAGCUGAACGAGUCUGGAGGCAUUGUGGAGCAAGGCGGUAUGGGCAAGAAGCGUGUAGGUGAAUUCGGCAGUACCAAGAGUGAAUUGAAGAACGCUAGUCAGAUUCGUAAGGAUCGUGUGGCUCUUGAAAAGAGAAGAGAGAAAUCAAAUAGACCCUCAUCGUCUGGUGGCCGUGGUGGCCGUGGUGGAGGUCGUGGUGGCGGCCGUGGUGGAAGUAGAGGAGGAAGUCGAGGUGGACGUGGUCGUGGUCGCUAA